AUGGAGACGCCCUCUUCCCACUGCCGAGAGGAGUCUCAGUUCCAUGUCUUUCCAAACCUCAAACCUUGCGGAUCAAAAACGGGUGGUGCUGAAGGCCACGGAGGACCCACUCUGCCUGAGAAGCCGUCACCGUCAUCGCACACACCCUGCGACCUGCCUAACGGUUGGGCUCCCACGUCGACGGGUCUGCCCCCCGCAAAGAAACCUGUGAGUUGGAGGAGACCUUCUGUGGUUGGGGCUGGCCUGCAGAACCUGGGGAACACGUGCUAUGCGAAUGCGGCCCUGCAGUGUCUGACGUACACACCACCCCUCGCCAGCUACAUGCUGUCCCAGGAGCACUCCCGAAGCUGUGGGAGGCAGCCAUUCUGCGUGCUGUGUGCUCUGCAGGCUCACGUGACCCGGGCCCUCUGCCGUCCGGGAGACGUGAUCCGGCCUCCGCCAAAACUGCUCGCUGCCUUCCACACACACAGGCAGGAGGAUGCCCAUGAGUUUCUGAUGUUCACUCUGGAUGCUAUGCAGCAAGCGUGUUUGCGUGAGGACAAGCCUUCAGAGCCUCAGGCUCAGGACGCCACCCUCAUCCGGCAAAUCUUUGGGGGGUACUGGAGGUCUCAAAUCCAGUGUCUCCACUGCCAGGGUGUCUCCAGCACUUUGGACCCUUACCUGGACAUUAGCCUGGAUAUCAGGGCAGCUCAGAGUGUGAGCCAAGCUUUGCAACACUUGGUGAAGCCCGAACAGUUGGAUGGUGAAAAUGCCUAUCGUUGUAGUACUUGUCUCGACAAGGUACCUGCUUCCAAGACGUUGACUUUGCACACUUGCUCCAAGGUCCUGAUGCUGGUAUUGAAACGAUUCUGCCAUUUCACGGGCAGCAAACUGGCUAAGGAAGUGCAAUACCCUGAGCGCCUUGACAUGCGACGCUACGCGUCUGGGCAGGACGGGGGGUCGCUGACUUAUGUGCUCUAUGCCGUGCUGGUGCACGCGGGCUGGAAUUGUCACAGCGGACAUUACUUCUGUUACAUCAAAGCUGGGAACGGCCAGUGGUACAAAAUGGACGAUGCGAAGGUGACCGCCAGUGAUGCGACGUCUGCCCUGAGCCAACACGCCUAUGUCCUCUUUUACAUCCAGAAGAGUGAAUUGGAAAGAGAGCGUGCGAGUGAGCCAGGUGCUGGGGAAUCCACAUGCCUCCAGGCUGACCACGCAGGCACGGCUGCGGCCCAAGGGGGGCCUGAAACCGACCCCAACAUCGAGGUGCCACAAUUGGAGGAUCACGUGGAAGAGACACCACUGCCAGCAACCACGUUAGACCAGUGGAGAUUCCUCCAAGAAAGCCACCGUCCCAAGUCUGAAUUCAACCUCAGGAAACUAGAAUUUGCUCUUCCCCCCGACGCAGUCCUAAUUCACCAGUCCAAAUACAGAGAUGAGAUGGGAAAGGAUCACCGUGAACCAAGCAUCUACCGGCUCAACAGUUCAGCCAGGGACAUCCCCCCUCAGAGGGCAACGGCCAUUCACCAAGUCCCUUGUCUCACCGGCAGAGCCAGAGCUACCAAGAGGAAGAACAAGAAGGGACAGAGGUCUCAGGAAGCAGUGCAGGGAUCCCACUACGGGCUUUGAGAUACACGCCUGCCCACGUGCACACUCACCCGCCCUCACUCACUACUCACUCACUCACUCACAGUCCCUUGUAGGCCACAUUUUGUGUGUUGUAGGUGGGUGUGAUCGGGACAUGUGGAGGGACCAUGAAUCUGGCUGUAUUCAUGGGGUAUGGCGUUCCAGUUGACCUGGAGAAUCCUGAGCUUUAAGGCUGGCUGGCUGUAAUGAUGUUAUUGGAGAGGUGUGGAUUAUGCUGGGUAUUUAUUUGGAAGGUUUCUCCCCUCCAUCAGCACCGAGGAUCAUUGGGCACUCUCAGAGCCUGAAAGGGUCAGAGGAAGUGGCCAAUGAGGCAUGAAGGUGGAAACAAGGCAGAGCACCGGGAGUCCCUGUGAAAAUGCCUGGGACUCACGGUCCCAUCAUCCCAUUCCCUACUCCCUGUGUAUUGGUAAAGUACAUGUGCCCAAACAUGUGCGUGUGGGGACUCUCGGUGAUAUCCAAACAUGCACCGGCAGGGGAAGGAGUUUGAAACAAUCUCAGGGCUUCCACACGGAGGAGUGGCAAAUGACCAGGAAACUGGAAGAACUCUAGCUCUACGUGGGAGCAGACAGCCUUUUCAGGAAUGUCUUGUGUCGGAAGGAGAGGAGCAGAAGGAAACACGAAUUCAUAACUGUGCAAAGUGUUUCCUUGUAUACAUAAUAUAUUUUGUAAAGUCUCCACAUGUUCAUGUGAACAUUGGCUAUUUGCCUGGAAAUGGCAAGGAGCAAAUAAAUGCUCAUGUCUCUGGACACGGGUGGGUGGAGCCUUCCUGGCCCAUGUUCGUUAGAUGAGGUUCCCUUAACAAUCCCCCUCCCAUGAGGCUGCAGAGCAAAUGGGCGAAAGGAACCUUCUUCCACCGCUUCUUGCUGAGCCGCCAAGCAGCUCUACCUUGUUCCGCAGAGUUGACCACCAUCCCCCCAUCGGACAAUCUCCUCCACAAGGGAGGAGGCUCAGGGAUUUCUGCUCAGUUGCAUUGCAAUCUUGGUCCUCGGUUGUACACCUCAGAAAAACAGUCUCAAGUGGACACCGAGGCAACAAUGUGGUAUUUCAGGUCAGGGUAUGGAUGGAUGCUCUCAGUCACACCUGUAUUUCUUAGGAGCGAGACUCACUAAAUACACUGUUGAAUGGGAAUUAGUGCAUGAUCCUUCAAUUCCCCCUAGGGGAGGGGGGCCAUAUAGGAGAUCUCUGGUCGUUUGCCAAUGGCACUGACAGGGUAAAGCCUGUUGUUGCUGUCGUCGUCGUCGUCGUCGUCGUCGUUGUUGUCGUUGUUGUUGUUUCCAGUCUGCAUUAAACAUACACAUCACACGCAGUGGGAACUAAUGUCAGUAUGUGAAUUUUGUACAGCAAAUCAUAUUGAAGUCUGGAUGUUCAAAUAUCAG